UUCCUAUCUCUCUCUUAUCCCUCCCUCCCUCCCUCAUCAUCGCUCUCUCUCUUUCUUUCAGUGCUACUCCUCCAAGCCCUGCUCUCUUCCUUUUCAAAUCUCGAACGGAAUAAUCAUUCUGCGAGGAAGGAAACAAAUUUCACAGGGAUGGAGAGAGAUUCAAGAGAGCUCUUUUCCUGGUUAUCUUAAAAUCUGAAGAUUGUAAAAUCCAUUUGUGGAACCACCAAAGAAGGUAGCUGUUGUUAGCUGAAAAUUUGUUCGGUUAGAGGUUUCAAUAUUGGUGAAGUUUGAUUUGAGUCAGCAGUGAGUUCAAGCAUGGGUUACGUUUGUGAUUUUUGUGGGGAACAAAGGUCCAUGGUUUAUUGCCGGUCAGAUGCUGCAAGCUUAUGUUUAUCAUGCGAUCGAAAUGUUCAUUCUGCUAAUGCUUUGUCCAAGCGUCAUUCACGGACCCUCUUAUGUGAAAGAUGCAAUUCACAACCAGCGUUAGUUAGAUGUGCUGAAGAAAGAAUCUCUCUAUGUCAAAAUUGUGAUUGGAUUGGCCAUGGCACCUCGACAUCAGCUUCCACACAUAGAAGGCAAACAAUCAAUUCUUACUCUGGCUGUCCAUCAGCUUCUGAGCUUUCUUCAAUAUGGUCAUUUGUUUUAGACUUCCCUUCCAGUGGUGAAUCUACUUGUGAGCAGGAGUUGGGUUUGAUGAGCAUUGCCGAAAAUAGCACCACAGACUCCUGGGGUCCUACAGAGAAUAAUAUUGGCCAAAAUGCAUCUGGAGUUGUUGAAGUUAAUGACAGGCGUGAAAUAGCUAAAUCAGGUGUUUGGCUUGGGUCUUCUUCGAUACCUGAAUCGAGCUCUGUGCCAAACAAUCUAGACCAGACAACCAGAUCCGCAAAUACAUCUUUGCCUAAGUUAUACUGUCCCGGGACUAAAUGUACUGCAUCCUACGAAGAUGCUGAUCUUUAUGAGGACUUCAAUAUGGAUGAAAUGGAUUUGAGUCUUGAAAACUAUGAAGAACUCUUUGGUGUUACCCUCAACAAUUCAGAAAAGCUUCUUGAGAAUGGUGGCAUUGAUAGCUUAUUUGGGACAAAGGACAUGUCUGGUGCUGACUCCAGUUGUCAGGGUGCAGUUGCAGCUGAGGGGUCAUCAAUUGGAGUGGUCAACGCCGUACAGCCAGCAAGCAGCAACGCGGCAUCUGCUGAUUCUAUGAUGAGCAAUAAGACUGAACCAAUCCUUUGUUUUACGGAAAAGCAAGGCCAUUCCAGCCUCUCAUUUUCUGGCCUUAAUGUAGAGAGUAGUGCUGCAGAUUAUCAAGAUUGUGGAGCAUCUUCAAUGCUUCUUAUGGGAGAGCCUCCCUGGUGCCCCCCAUGCCCCGAGAGUCCCUUCACAUCAGCUAACCGGAGUGAUGCUGUAAUGCGUUACAAGGAAAAGAAGAAGACAAGGAUGUUUGAAAAGAAAGUGAGGUAUGCAUCUCGCAAAGCAAGGGCAGAUGUAAGAAGGCGUGUGAAGGGUCGUUUUGUCAAAGCUGGUGAAGCUUAUGAUUAUGAUCCACUUAGCCAAACGAGAAGUUUCUGAGUGCUAUAUGAUUGUAUUGAUGGGGUCAAGGAUUUUGCGGGCAUAAAAGGUGGAGCAUGGAAGUAAGAGAACUGGUUCCUGUUGCAUCACCAAAAAGGUUCUGGGGCAGAAGUUCCCAUCAACGUGAAUGAAGAUGGUUUCUGACAUCAUCCAACAUGAUUGCCCAAUUGUCUUGCCUUGACACAAUGGAAAAUCUCAUUUCCUGUUGAAUUCCCUGAGCAGUUUCACGAGUUUCGUUUUUUUCUCUAGGGAAUGUAUACUUAUUUGUCCAGCCAUAAAAAUGCUUAAUGCUCAUAAUGUCGACUGUUAAUCUUCCAACUCGGAUCAAUUCUAUAAGUGGCUUCCCUAUAUGGUGGGUAUCUGAACUCCCAGUUGCUAGGUUGGCCGAAGAUCUUGCAGUUGUAGUUUUCCUUUCUUCCUUCCAUUUGGCAUGUAUAUAUCAGAGGAUUUAUAUAUGUAGUUGAGAGGGUAUGUAUGAUAUCUGGCCUGAACCAGCUGUAGUUGUAAUUUUCUUCUUUUCCGUGGGCUUGUAAAUCGCACAGGAUGAUUAUAUAUGCUUGUAGUUUUGAGAGGAUUAAUACUAGAUAUUUUUUUCUUAA